AUGUCUUCCAAUAGCAACAACAACAACAAGGAAAACACGAUGACGACUGAUCAUCACUCUUGCAGUAUGUGUGGGAAGGACAGCAAGACCCGCUGCUCUCAAUGCCAAUCCAAGUGGUACUGUGGCCGCGAGUGUCAAAAGACGGACUGGAAAGAGCACAAGAAAAUCUGUUUUCCAGUCAAUUCUACCUGUACUCGCUGCUUGCUACCCACAAGUGCCAAUCAGGGCAUCUGUUGUGUGCCUCAUCCGGAGUAUUUAAUGGAAGAUAUGGGUUCUUCGUUUGGCCCCGAUGGGCAGACAUUGAGUUUUUCCUGCAAGGCGUGUGGAGAGCAUUUCUCCAAAGUCAACAAGGAUCGUCACCAAACCAACUUUUCCUUCCAACCGGCGCAUGCCGAGUGGUGCUUUCAGGGACGUCAUACCGUCAAGCCACUCAAGGAGGGAGAUGAACGACGCAUCUGCAACGACGUGGCGACUAUUAACCGGAACGAUGGAGAUACUACCCAACAGUUCCAACAACGGCUCACUACCGAAAUGGAUCCUUCCACGGUCCGCAUCCUCGUCAUUCAAAACGGCGAUGGUUUCUAUGACGACACGGUCGAACCUGUCUUGGAUCUCCAUAUGCCCCUCUUGGAAGAACUACAGCUUAUAAAUGUCUGCUUUUCCAAGAUUGUCCUCAAUGACGCCAAGACGCCUCGUCUCUCCACCAUUGAAAUGCAAAAUCUCCCGGACGAGUGCGACAUGGAACUCAAAUGCUCCAAUCUUCGAGACUUUAACUGCCGCCAUCACCAUGGAGAUUGCGAAUGGGUACAAGAUAUGCUCGACACCACCCACCAGUUGGUAUCCUUUCGCACGUACAAGUUGGGACUCGAUGAAGUCAAAUUUGGUCCUCAUCUUGCCAUGUUGAAGCACAUUUACAUUCAUCGUUCCGAUUGUUUGUGUGAUGUGGUCCUGGGGGCGCCGCACUUGCAGUAUCUACGUCUCCAAGGAUGCUACUCGUUGGAAUCACUGAAAAUCAAACCCAAGGGGGGCAGUCGCUUUACCGUCGAGACGGUCAAUUCCAACAUGUCCCAACAAGUCAUCAAGACGCUAAAAAACAGCCCUCGUGUCAUGUGGGAUGGAGACGAAGUCGAUGAACACGCCGGAGUCGGUGGAAGUCCCAUGGAGGCCAUGUUUCGAAUGAUGCAUUAA